AUGGCAUUCGUUUCAAUCUCUUUCAUUUCUCUCAUUUUCUGUCUACUAAUUCAAUCCCUAGCUGCCUCCUCCUCUCGAGUUCAAGACCCCGAAUUGGUCGUCCAAGAAGUUCACACACAACUCAAUGCCUCGAGGAGGAAACUGGGAUUUCUCUCUUGCAACACUGGGAAUCCCAUCGAUGAUUGCUGGAGGUGCGAUGCCAAUUGGGAGCGGAAUCGCCAGAAGCUAGCGGAUUGCGCGAUAGGAUUUGGAAAGAAUGCUGUUGGUGGAAGAGAUGGAAAAAUAUACGUCGUUCGGGAUUCUGGGGACUACGAUGUGGUCAACCCAAAGCCGGGGACUCUCCGACAUGCCGUCAUCCAAGAAGAGCCAUUGUGGAUCAUAUUUGCUAGAGAUAUGGUAAUCCGAUUGAAAGAAGAACUUAUUAUGAAUUCAUUCAAGACAAUUGAUGGUAGAGGUGCAAGUGUACACAUUGCUGGUGGUCCAUGCAUUACUGUUCAGUAUGUGACUAACAUUAUCAUACAUGGAAUACACAUACACGACUGUAAACAAGGAGGGAAUGCUAUGGUGAGGAGCACCACUAAGCACUUUGGUUGGAGGACUAUAUCUGACGGUGAUGGUGUGUCAAUCUUUGGUGGAAGCCACGUGUGGGUCGAUCAUUGCUCCUUGUCAAAUUGCCACGAUGGAUUGAUUGAUGCCAUUCAAGGCUCCACUGCAAUUACAAUUUCAAACAACUAUAUGACUCACCAUGACAAAGUUAUGCUUUUGGGACAUAGUGAUUCUUACUAUGGAGACAAGAACAUGCAAGUUACUAUUGCUUUCAACCACUUUGGAGAAGGGCUUGUCCAAAGAAUGCCGCGGUGCAGACAUGGUUACUUCCAUGUAGUGAACAAUGACUACACCCAUUGGGAAAUGUAUGCCAUAGGAGGAAGUGCUGCUCCAACAAUUAACAGCCAAGGCAACAGAUUUCUUGCCCCUAACGAAAGAUUCAGCAAAGAGGUGACGAAGCACGAGGAUGCACCAGAGAGCGAGUGGAAGAAUUGGAAUUGGAGAUCGGAAGGUGACCUAAUGUUGAAUGGAGCAUUCUUUAUCCCUUCUGGUGCUGGAGCAUCAUCGAGCUAUGCUAGGGCUUCAAGCUUAGGUGCAAAGCCAUCUUCACUUAUCAGUUCCAUCACCUCUGGCGUCGGCGCACUCAACUGUCGGAAGGGCUCUCAUUGCUGA